GUGUUUUUUUCUUUCAAUAUAUAUAAAAACAAAGCAAGAGAGCAGACAGAAAACGGGCCAAAACCAAAAUUGUAACAAGUAGGGAGUCCUAUAUAUAGGGCGAGGGGUGCUUGGUAAGUGAUCGAGUGAAGGAAGUUAUGGCGACGGCAACGGCUACUAUAGCUGCAACAGCUGCUAAGCUUAUAAAAGGCGGGGGAAGUCCACAAAUGCUCCUUUCCUCAUCCAAAUUGGCUUUCGCCUUUUCAUGCUGCCCCAUUAUUAUUCAUGAGAAGAAGAAACCCACAAAUAAUAUUCCACUGCUAAUUUCAUUUUCAGCAGCAAAGCAUAAUUACCAUCUCCACCGUUCAUUUCGCACCACUGCAAAUGUGAAUGCGGAUGCCAUCUCUACAUCAGAUUCAGAACCACAAUCAGGAGGAGGAGGAGGAGACGCUAGCAGUGAUGAUGCUGGUACUUGUAUGAAUAAAAUAAAAGAUGCAGGGAACCUGCUCGACAUAAGGGUCGGGCGCAUAAUCAAAGCGUGGAGGCAUGAGGAGGCUGAUUCCCUCUAUGUGGAACAAGUGGAUGUAGGUGAGGCAGAGCCUCGAAUCAUCUGUAGCGGUCUAGUUAAAUACAUCCCCCUGGACCACCUGCAGCAUAGAGAUGUGGCGGUGCUUGCUAAUCUGAAGCCCAGGAACAUGCGGGGUGUAAAGUCAAAUGGAAUGUUAAUGGCUGCUUCUGAUGCCUCCCAUGAGAAUGUUGAGCUUCUUCACCCACCUGAUGGUUCAAUCCCCGGAGAUAGGAUCUGGUUUGGAUCCCCUGAUGAUCAAACUAACCUUCCCGGUCCUGCCUCUCCCAAUCAGAUACAAAAGAAAAAGAUUUGGGAAUCGGUGCAGCCUCAUCUAAAAACUGAUGAUUCUUGCAUGGCAAUCCUUGGAGGGGAGCAUUUUAUGCGGACAUCUGCUGGGGUUGUUGCAUCCAAAUCUCUGAACAAUGCCAACAUCUCUUGAGAGGAGAAGAUUAGUUAAUUAUUCGUGUUGUUGUUGUUUUCUUUUCAAGUACUUUAUGCUACAUACUAAUGCUUGAUAUUUUCAUCGCCCUUUUCCUCUCACUGAGAAGGAAUAGGGCACGUUUUGUUUUUAGCUCGCUCCUUCGUGUGCACCCUACAAGCUAAGCCUCUCAAGAGUGUUUGCAUUGCUUGUCU